AUGGCAUGCUUUUCAUCAUAUUUCAUUCAGCCAACCUUCGUGCCUUCUUCUUUGAGUCCGGCCGAGCAGCGUUUGAAUGCUUUCCUAAGCCAGAAUGCUCCACAUGAUCCUGACCUUAGCCCCGAAUCUAAAUUAUUCAAGGGGCUGCUUAAUUAUAUUGGCUCAUCACCUGCUGUAUUCAAUAGCAACAACAUCCUUAGCACAACCUCUGCUACGUUCGCUGGUAAUAACUGCAGUAGCUCAAUCCUAACUUUUAGCACCACCGAAUCUACCACAUCGAAUCAAACUGUGAUUGGAGAUACGACUUCAACUGAGCAUGGAGUCCAUCCACUUCUAUUACCUACUAAUGUCUCUGUCAAUUCUUCAACACUUGUUCCCACUGCCACCCCCAUAACUAAUAGUGACAUUAACAUUCCUUCUGUAAGUCAUUCACAUUCUGAGCUUCGCACUACUGCUGGCCCAGCCCUACCUCCCCGGCGUGCUCCAACCCAUUUGCCGCCUCCUUAUAGUUAUGGCAGUCUCGGUCGGUCAGGUGCAUCAUCUGCGCAUAUCUACCAUCAACACCAGCAGCAUCACUGCCUCCAGUGCCAUCACUAUAUGCAACACUUGCAACAGCAUCAAAUUCAUCAACCAAGUCUAUCUUCUUUGCCACAACAUCAACACAAUUCUCAUUCUCAUCCUACAAACGUGCCUCAGCCAAACCAGUUCUCCUGUGGUCAGCCAACCACAGCACAGCACCAGCGUCAAUGGCAGCCGACUUACUUGCAAUCAGUCCCGCAAUCGCUACAACAGCCACAGCAACCACAGCAAAGACCUUUUUCGCAGUCUUCUCACCUUCCGCAUUUCGCUUGUGGUAAGUAUUCAUGCAAAUAA